GGAGAUCCAACUCUGCAAACUAAUUUUAAAGGUCAUAGAGAUACCGUUACGUGCAUUGAUUUUAAUCCGAAUGGCAAACAGCUAGCUUCGUGUUCUCUUGAUUCGUGCCUUAUGUUGUGGAAUCUCAAGCCUCAAACCAGAGGUUAUCGUUUUCCUGGGCAUAAGGACGGAAUAUUUUGCCUAAAAUUUUCCCCAACUGGCGAAUUAAUUGCAACUGCUUCCCGUGACAACACAGUUCGAUUAUGGGUUCCUAAUGUAAAGGGCGAAUCAAUGUCUUUUCGAGCUCAUACUUCUGCAGUUAGAUAUCUAGAUAUUUCCUCUGAUAAUCAAAAGAUUAUUACAGGAUCCUCAGAUAAAUCUGUAAAGGCAAGUUUUAUAUUUAUUAUGAGAUUUAAGGUGUGGAAUAUGUGUCGCCAGAAAUUUCUCUUCUCUCUUAAUCAGCAUGUCAAUUGGGUUAGGUGUUGC